CGCACAACUAUUGAACAAUCAGCUAUUCAAUUUACUGAUCACAAUUAACAAUAUUCUAUACUUUAAUAGGGGAGGUUGUUCUGCGAGAUUUGAAGCUCAAACGUGAAGCUUUGGAUAAGCUUAAUUUGCCAGUCGACGUGUUAGAAGGCUACUUGGGAGAACUUACUUUGAAUAUUCCCUGGUCUAACCUUAAAAAUAAGCCUGUGGUGGUUUACAUUAAAGAUGUGCAUGUACUUGCAGUACCAAGAAAUGAAUCGACAAUGACUGCCGAAGAAAUAGAAUCGCGACAGUAUGAAGCCAAAAUGAGGAAACUUGCUGAUGCUGAACUUGUGCAAUCAUCAAUCUCAAGCGAGCAACAAGAACAAAUGGACGUUAAAAAUGAUACUUUUGUUAAUCAAUUAGUGGCCAAGAUUAUGAACAAUCUACAGUUGUCAGUGACGAAUAUUCACGUUCGAUAUGAAGAUAACAUGUCUGUGCCGGGACAUCGAUUUGCCACUGGUAUCACUCUGAGUGAAUUAUCCGCUAUUACUACCGAUGAAAACUGGAUGCCCAAAACUAUUGAAGACCUGGUCAAUGUCAUUCAUAAAUUGGCCACUUUGGAAUCUUUAUCUAUUUAUUGGAAUACUGAUGCUAGAUCUCUUGGUCAACUGAACGAACAAGAAUCGAAAAAGGAAUUUCAGCAAUUGAUCGCCACGAAAUCUUUUAUUCCUGAUGAACAUCAAUAUAUUCUCAAACCUGUAUCAGGAACUGGAAGGAUCAAAUUAAAUAAAUCUUUUGGAAAUAAGGUCCCCAAGGUGGAUGCAACUCUAUUAUUUGACGAACUUGCAUUUAUGGUUGAUAAUGAACAGUAUCGAGACGUAAUUCUUAUGCUUGACUUGUUUCAUUCUUAUCUUAAAAAACAAAAAUACCAACAUUUGCACCCAUCCAGUGACAUGACACCUAAACGAAAUCCAAGGGAAUUUUUCAAAUUUGCAGGAAAUGCUGUUUUGGCUGAAAUACAUGAACGUAAUGCCCGUUGGAGUUGGAAUCGAUUGAAGGAACGACGAGAUGAUCGACAUGCCUACUUGGAUUGUUAUGUAGCGGAUAAGUUGGGAAGAGCAACGGAGGAUCGAGUGAAGCAAUUAGAAAAACUGGAACGCAAAUUGAGUUAUGAAGAUAUAUUGUUCUACAGAGGUAUUGCCAAAAGUCAACUGAAACGAGAAAAGGCAUUGAUGGCAGCAGAAGAAAAGCAACGCAAGGAAUUAGAAGCAGCUACCAAAGCUACACAACAAACUCAACAAGGCUGGUUAAGUUCCUGGUGGUAUGGACAAACAUCGGCUGGCGCUAAUGAUGACAAGAGCGAUGGGGACUUGAUGAUUACUGAGGAACAAAAACAAGAAUUUUAUGAUGCUAUUGAAUAUGAUGAAGAUAAAGCUGCAAUUGCAGAAUCGAUCGAAAUCCCAAAGGAUGUAAGUGUUAUUAUAUUUUUACUACUUGAUUAUCUUUAAAAAAAAAAGAAAAGGAAAUGGGUUUGCUCACAUUUAUCUUGUGAUUUAAAUAUUGAUAGACAAUACUACUUCAGCUUCGUACUUC